GAAGCAAAUACGGAUUCCAUAUAAAUAAAACGCAGCAGCUCAUCUCUCAGAGAUUUAUCUAAAGCCCUCUUCCCAUCUCAUCUCCUAUCUCCCCUUCCCUUGUGGGUUUAAGAGACUUGUGACAGUGAGUCCCUUCGCUCUUCUUCUGUACAGAUCUAAUUUGAUUUAAUUUAAUCUAUCCCUGCUUGUAUUUCUCGUUUGAAUUUCAAAAAACACACAAAGAGAUAAAAAUUGACACCAAUACCAACAAGCUAAGCUCUCUCAGAUCUACCAUGGUUGUGAACGAGACGCCAUCCAAGAGACCCAGGAGGAGGGUCACCGCAGAUCUGCCCGACCUCUUCACCUUCCCUCCUGAUUCUCCGGAUCCGGAUGGCUUUCGUGACAACGUGCGCGCCUUCCUCAGCCGCUACGCGCGCGUCACGCUCCCGUCUUCCUCGCUCUUCCCCUCCCUGCUGACCUGGCAGAUCGCCCUCCGGGUCGACCCGGCCGUCGUUAUACCCUUGGAUAUCGUCGAGGAGGACGUCACGCGCUCCAGGAGAUCCGUCUACUGCGACCAGUGCCGAGUCGUUGGUUGGAGUGGGCAUCCAGUGUGCCGAAAGCGAUAUCACUUGUUUAUAAGAAGCAACGCUGAGAGCUGUGAUGGUGAGACUCCAUUCCAAUUCCAGCAGCCUCUGGAGAAAUGGUGCAACUCCAUUACUGCCACCGCCGCCGAGGACACGACCGAUGAUGUCGAACAGUGGGCAUAUAACCAACUGCAUGACAACACCCAUCUUCUUCAUGCCGUCAUUCACUCCAAUGGCUAUGCCCACCUUCUCACCGUCAAUGGUAGACAAGGAGGUUCCACCACUCUCUCCGGCCGUCACAUUAUGGACUUGUGGGAUAGGCUCUGUCUAGCCCUCUCCGUCAGAAAGGUCAGUGUGAUGGAUGUAUCAAAAAAGUAUGGGAUGGAAUACAGAUUGCUGCAUGCAGUCACCCAUGGCCGCUCUUGGUAUGGAAAUUGGGGGUAUGAAUUCCUGUCCGGGAGUUAUGGUCUCACACAUGACUCAUACCACGAAGCAGUGGAAACUAUCUCAACCUUGCCCCUACACCCUUUUCAAUUCCAACCUAGAAAACCCAGGACUCGCCUGCAAUCUGUCAUUGCCUUUUACCAAUCUUUCUCCAAUGCUCAACUCCAUACAACCAAAGAUCUUUUUACAUUUAUGUUCAGUCUAAUUCCUAAAUCACGCGGACCUACUCCAUCCAAGAAACCCGACCUUGACACUUCCAAUGUUCUGUGCGUGUGGACAGCCCAUGAUGUCCAACAUGUGCAACAAGCUAUGAUCAAGCUGCUUUCAGCAGUUCAGGAGCGCAGUUGGGUGUCAAAACGUGCUCUCAAGGGUGCAUUAUACAAGACUUUCACCCCAGAGCUUCUUGAUUACUCCCUUAAACACUUGGGAGGUCAGUUAGUAGCCAAUAACACGGUAGUUGACACUAGAUGCAAUCCUGAUUCUACUGAUGUUGAAUACAGACUUGAGCCAUUGACCAUCGGGAGAUCCAAAUUGAAGCCAAGUUUUCCAUCUGAACAGCAAAUUCUUUGUGACCUCAAAUAUUUGUAUGAUUUGAUUCUCCACCCUGAAACCAUGCUAAGAUACGCACCUCAAGUGAUGAGGGAGAAUGUUGUUGGUGCAGCAACUAAGAUUCUUGAUUGCAAGCAAUUUAUCAAGGACCACAAGCGUGAUAAAAUGGAAGCGGCAAACCUGAAUGAUAUUCACCUCUGGUGUCAUGUGCAGCUUUCGGAUCACCCAAAAGAUGAUCCUGUCUUGCCUCCAGAACUAAUUGUACUACCCCUGAAUGCAACUCUCGCUGACCUUAAAAACGAAGCUACCAAAGCCUUUCAGGAAGUAUAUGCCAUGUUUAAAAGGUUUGAAGUGGAGGAGUUGUUUGGAUGUGGCUCUAUAAAUGAUUCAAUUACUGCAAAACUGCUCUUUGGAACAAAUGGCACGGUCCAUUUGAAAGGAAAAUGUCUGGCAAAACAUGGUCUUAACAGAUUCCGGAUGGAGAGAGGAGUUGAAAGCUGGAUUGUCGUUUGCACCUGUGGGACAAAGGAUGAUGAUGGGGAGAGGAUGAUGGCUUGUGAUACAUGUGGUGUUUGGCAACAUACAAGAUGUGCUGGGAUUCGUUGCUCAGAUGAGAUCCCUGCAAAGUUUGUUUGCCUGAGAUGUAUGAGCUCAUACCAGGAGAAAAACCAGAGCACCUGUGGUUCUGCCAAGGAAGCUGAUUAUGCUCCUGUGACCAACACAACUUGCAGAGUGAAGGCAGUGAGAGCUGAUUGUGCAGGCGUAGCAUCUAACUUGAAUAUGACUUCUAGUGUACGUUGACUGUAGUACUAUUGUAGACACCAACUACUGUAGUACUAUUGUAAGGUAGCUUUGGUUGGUACUAAGAUGGGCUGAAGAGUUUCCCGGUUUUAGGAUUUCCUUUGUGACAAUCCCCCAUCAUGAACGUUGUGUGUACAUAGCAGUUCA